CAACAGUGCUUGAAAUGGAGUCACUUUCCUGCUCUUCUGAGGAUGGUAGUCAGCCAUCACAUGGUAAGACUAAAGAGAUGCUCCUAGAUUACCCCACCAGGCGUUGCAGUUGUGCUUUGGUAAACACUCCAUCUCCAUGUGUUAACAAAGCUAUUCACCACAUUCAAGAGCUAGAAGUAAAGAUAGAAAGCUCCUUUCAACAGCAUGAUUGUAUACUUGAGAAGGAGAAAAUUCCAUGCAGGACUUUAACCUUAAAGCAGGAAACAAAAGCAGUGUUAUCAGAGGUUGCUGAGCUGAUUAAGCGACUAGAAGCUGAACGUAAAGAGGCUGAAGAAGCUUUGAAGCGGGAAAAACAGCGAAAGAAAAAGCUUGUAAUGAAAAUUGAUUGCAUGUCAAUUUGGAGGCUUCAGCAAUUCCCUAUAGCUGUACAAAAAGAACAUGAGAUUUGUACUCAAGAUAUCUCAGAACUACAGUGGCAUUUUGACUGUGCAAAUCGUCAGCUACAACAGGUAAAAGCCCAAGUACUUAAGAUAGAGACAGUUAAUGGAAGGAUUCAGGAGGAUAUAGACUUCAUGAAGAAAUACAGCCCUCUGCUGGAAGAAAAGCUGAAUCUUGAGGGUGACGCUAUGAAGGAUGUAUUACUGGCACAUGGAAAGGCAUCAAAAUUAUAUUAUGAUGUUUAUCGGGAACUUCUGAGAAUCCAGCAGCUUUUAAAACAAGUCACUGAAGAAGCUGAAAAGGAGAGAAAAUCUAUGUCUGAGAAAAUUAAAUAUGCUGAGAUAGUGUUGAAGCAGUACCAGAAUGAUUUAAAACACUCAGAAUUUCUUUGGACUGAAUUGUGUAUCAAAUUAAAAGAAACAGAGGAGAAGAUUAUAAAGGAAGAAAGACACCUUGUAGAGUUAGUAAAGCAAAAAGAAGAGAUACAGGAAGAUACUAAAUCUUGGAACAACAAUGUACAGGAUUUAAACAAUAAAACAUUGGCUCAAGAAAAUGAGAACAAAAGUUUAUUGGAUGCUUGUUCUGAAGUGAUUAAAGUGAUGGAAGAUUUAAAAACUAGCUGGGGAUCUGAACAGUUUACUCUGAAACAAAUGCUCCUCAAUACCCUUCAAGCAGUUGAUGAAUUGGAACGUGAAAAUAAAGAACUUGAGAGAGAAAAUGAAGAAUAUGUGCAAAAAUCCAGAGAAAGUUCAAGAAGAAAAAUAACGUAUCAGUCAGAACUGCAGAUUAUAUGCAAAAACACCCGUAAAAUUGAAGAGCAAAUAAGAAAAGUGAAUAAAGAGUUAUAUAAUGUUGAAAUGACUUAUGGUGAAGGAAAAAUAAAACUGGAGGAAUUAGAAGAAAAAAUAAUUCGAGAAAAAAUCCGGUACAAGAAUUUGGAAGAGAACAUAAAAAAAUUAAUUCGAGAUGAAAGAGGAACAUGGCAACUGACUCAGGCCAGGAUUAAAGCAAUGUAUGGUGAGCUAGAGCAAAAGAAAAAAGAUAGUGUCAAGAUAAAAGAAGAAACUAUAAAGAAGAUAGCAGACAUUGAGGGACCAGUGGCUGAACUAGAAGCACAAUUUAUUGAAAAUAAAAAUAUACAUAAAGAAAAUAUUGAGAAACUUUACAAUCUGAAUCAGAGGAUGCAAGAACUAGAUGAACAGAAGAAACAAGCAGAACAACAACUGGAGCACAAAAAGAGUACUGUGAAGAAUCAGUUAACUGAUAUACAG